AUGGCGGUGUCGAAUACGAUAGGCGCUGGCUCUUCGCCGGUCCAACCAACGCCGCAAAUGGCUACCACAACCGUCAGCGUGGAGGGGAUGACAUGCGGCGCCUGCACCUCUGCUGUGGAAGGCGCCUUUAAAGGUGUCGAGGGCGCCGGUGAGGUGUCUGUGAGUCUGAUGAUGGGCAGGGCCGUUAUCCACCACGAUCCCUCUCUCCUUCCCCCCGAAAAAGUCGCCGAGAUGAUCGGGGAUUGCGGUUUCGAUGCAGCGGUCAUAUCCACGGACAGUUCGUCAAUACCAACGCAGGGCAGAAAUACCAACGAACAAGUCGCAACCGUCGCGACCACAACGCUGGCAGUGGAGGGUAUGACAUGCGGGGCUUGCACAUCCGCAGUUGAAGGCGGAUUGACGGAGACGCCUGGUGUGCGCUCCGUCAACGUCUCGUUGCUUUCUGAGCGAGCGGUGGUGGAACACGAUCUGUCGACGAUCUCAGCGGAGCAGCUUGCCGAUAUAAUCGAGGAUCGUGGCUUUGGGGCACGGGUGCUGGAAACCUCCACGCCCCAGAGCGGGCCGCGCGGUUCCCAGGAUUCUACAGACCCCUCGUCGCAAUCGAUGGUCACUACUGUUGCCAUUGAGGGCAUGACAUGCGGUGCAUGUACUUCCAGUGUGCAGGGUGCCUUUGACGGCGUGGAGGGUGUCAUUCAGUUCAACAUCAGUCUGCUCGCCGAGCGAGCGAUUAUCACCCACAACCCGAAUACGCUUACGUCCCGGAAGAUUAUCGACAUGAUCGAAGACGCGGGAUUUGAUGCAAAGAUAGUCUCGGAAGUUCUGUCGCACUCUCAAAAGGGUGGCUUGAGUCGGAUUACACUCGACCUUCAUGGUCUGCGGGACGCCAACGCUGCGGCUGCGCUUGAGGAUACCCUUUUGCAAAGAUCGGGUAUAUCGUCAGCUGCUAUUUCCAUCGCCACGUCAAAAUUGGUGGUCUCCUACGACACCUCCGUUAUUGGUAUCCGUUCAAUCGUGUCGGCAAUCGAAGCUGCUGGCUACAAUGCUUUACUGGUGGAUGCUGACGACAACAACGCUCAAUUGGAGUCGUUGGCAAAGACUAAAGAAGUCUUGGAGUGGAAGCGCGCCUUCCUGAUCUCGCUGUCCUUUGCGAUCCCAGUGUUUCUGAUCAACAUGAUAUUGCCCAUGUACCUCCCAAUACUCGACUUUGGUUCGAUUCAGAUCAUUCCUGGCCUCUACCUCGGGGAGGUUGCUUGCCUGUUUCUCACCAUUCCCAUUCAAUUUGGUAUUGGAAAGCGAUUUUACGUCACCUCAUUCAAGUCCUUGAAGCACCGCGCGCCUACCAUGGAUGUCCUUGUCAUGCUUGGCACUUCCGCAGCAUUCUUCUACAGUGUGCUCACCAUGGCCGUUGCCAUUGUCCUUGAGCCGCAUGAUCGGCCCAGCACUGUUUUCGAUACAAGCACCAUGCUUAUCACCUUCAUCACCCUUGGGCGAUGGUUGGAAAAUAGAGCCAAGGGUCAAACUUCUGCUGCGCUUUCUCGACUCAUGUCUCUCGCCCCCUCAAUGACAACUAUCUACGAGGACCCGAUAGCGGCCGAGAAGCUAGCGGAGCAAUGGACAAAGGAGGACCCAGAGGAACAGAAGCCAACUUCAUCGAGCUCAGGCCCAUCUGUGAGCCACAAGAUUAUCCCUACUGAGCUCAUUGAGGUCGGAGAUAUCAUCAUACUCCAUCCUGGCGACAAGGUUUCGGCGGAUGGAAUUGUGAUCCGGGGCGAGACUUAUGUUGACGAAAGUAUGAUCACUGGAGAAGCGCUUCCCAUCCACAAAGUCAAGGGCAGCACCGUCAUCGCGGGAACGGUAAACGGCACCAGUGCGAUCGACUUCAAGGUUAUUCGCACAGGCAAGGAUACCCAACUCAGCAAGAUUGUGAAACUGGUCCAGGAUGCCCAGACAAGUCGCGCCUCCAUCCAGAGGAUGGCCGAUCUCGUGGCCGGAUACUUUGUUCCCAGCAUCAUCAGUCUCGGCCUGAUCACUUUCUUUGGAUGGAUGUUUGUGAGCCACCUACUUCCCAACCCUCCAAAGAUUUUCAUCGCCGAAAAUGGCGGUGGCAAGGUUAUGGUCUGCCUGAAGCUCUGUAUCUCCGUCGUUGUCUUUGCUUGUCCUUGCGCUUUGGGACUUAGUACACCUACGGCCGUCAUGGUUGGCACGGGUGUUGGCGCGACCCAAGGCAUUCUCGUCAAGGGUGGCGCCGUCCUCGAGGCCGCAACAAAAAUCACCCACGUCGUCUUUGACAAAACUGGAACAUUGACGACCGGGAAGAUGAGCGUGGCGGAAGCCAAGAUUGAGCCUCAAUGGACAUCGAAUGAUUGGCGCCGCCGUCUUUGGUGGCUUAUUGUUGGGCUUGCGGAAAUGAACAGCGAACACCCCAUCGGCAAAACGAUUUACUCAACCGCACGGACCGAAUCGGGCAAUGCUGGUGAAACUGGACUUCCUGGAAGCCUAGGUGACUUUGACGCUUGUGUCGGUAAAGGAAUAUCUGCCUUGGUCGAGCCAUCUUCUGAUGUUGAGCGCGUUCGGUACCGUGUGCUGAUCGGAAAUGCUUCCUUCUUGAGAUCCAGAGAUAUCCUAGUUCCAGAGUCUGUUGAAGAGGCGUCCGAGGCACCAGGGUCCAAGAACUGUCAGGUCGGCAUAACGCAAAUUCAUGUGGCGAUUGAUGGACACUUUGCUGGCACCAUUCUGCUCCAAGACACCAUUAAGGUAACCGCGGUGGCUGCCGUAGCAGCACUGCAUCGCAUGGGGAUCUCAACCUCACUGAUCACCGGAGACUCGCAAGCGGCUGCUGCCUCAGUGGCUUCGGCCGUUGGUAUUCCAGCCGACUCUGUCCACGCCUCCGUUUCCCCGUCCGACAAGCGAUCCAUCAUUGCCGCUCUUCAAGAGACCGGUGACUGCGUCGCAAUGGUCGGAGACGGCAUCAACGACUCACCCGCCCUCGCUACUGCUUCUGUCGGUAUUGCCCUCGCCUCAGGCACCGACGUGGCCAUGGAAGCUGCCGACAUUGUCCUCAUGAGACCCGAUGAUCUCCUGUCUGUUCCUGCGAGUCUCGCCCUGUCACGCUCGGUCUUUAACCGCAUCAAACUCAAUCUUGUCUGGGCGUGCGCAUAUAACGUCAUCGGUCUUCCAUUCGCCAUGGGUCUCUUCCUCCCCUUCGGUGGGUUCAUGCUACCUCCAAUGGCGGCCGGUGCUGCGAUGGCCCUCUCCAGCGUCUCCGUCGUCGUGAGCAGUCUUCUCCUGAACUUCUGGAAACGCCCGUCAUGGAUGGACGCAGAGAUCCUCGAGAAGGAAGUUGACUCUGCCUCUGAGAGCACCCGGAAGAACUGGUUGGAGGCGACUCUCUUCUCUUACGCAACCCCCAGCGCCGCUCGCAGAAGCCGCCCUAUACUAUGGAUCCAGGGCACAGCUGCCCGGAUUGGAUCGGUUUUCACCGGACGCCCGGUGCGGACGGCGGACUACGAGCCAAGCUACGUUCCUCUGCAGACGGUUGAGACAGCUGUCUGA